AUGGUUUUAACUAAAGUCCUAUCUAUUAGUGUUGGUUUGAGCAGUAGUUUGAAACUUGAAAAUUCAGAUUUAAAAACUGCAUUAGAUGCUGCUUCAUGUGUCGAGAAUUUAAUUGAACAACUUCGUAUUAACAAUGAAAAUGAAUUUAUGAAAUUAUUUGAAACUGUUAAGAAAACUUGUGAAGAAAUUGGUAUUUCUGAUUUUUCACUUCCAAGAAAAAUUAAUCGCCAAAAACCUAGGAAUAAUGUUCCAGCUGAAACUGUCGAGCAGCACUUUUUACGGUCAAUUUUUAUACCAUUUCUCGACACAUUUUUGCUCCAGCUUCGUGAAAGACUCACAUCACAUAAUACUAUUCUAAAAAAAUUUCCUGUUUGA